AUGCACAGCACAGAUUUGAAGGCUGCCCGCCAGAAGGCGAGGGCUGAGGGCCCUCCUGCUGCUGCCGAGCACCUGCGAAUAACUCUCUCGCAGCAGCAGCCAGCAGCAACAGCAGCAGGAGGUGCGCUGUUUGCUUCAACAAAGACGCUGCAGCAGCUGCGGUUAGUGGAAGGCGCGCAGCGCCUCUUUAGGCUCGAGAGCGGACAGCAGCUGCCAAGCAGCAGCAGCAGCAGCAGCAGCAGCAGCAGCAGCAACGGCAUCCCACUCACCAACGGCAGCAGCAGCGACGACACCACACCCAACAACACCAGCAGCAGCGACAACAGCAACUGCAGCAGCAGCAACAGCAGCAGCAGCAGCAGCAGGGCGUGCGUUGUGAUAAUCCGCAAUGCUUCUUCGCUAGGUACAGCUGAGGCGCUGCCUUUGAUGCAUUUCGUAGCAAGUGCAGAUGUAUGGUGGGCCUUAGGCCUGGCUUCACAGGAGCAGCAGCAGCAGCAGCAGCAGCAGCAGCUGUCAGUGAUGGCGUCGCUGCUGCCGCUGCUGCAUGCACCUGUCACGUGCACUGAGAUCGAGCUGCAGCUGCUGCACGUCUAUACCACCACACCACCGCAGCAGCAGCAACAGCAGCAACAGCAACAGCGGUCCUUACCCUGGGUUUCAGGCGGAGCAGCAGCAGCAACAGCAGCAGCAGCAGCAGCAACAGCAGCGCGUACCAAGCCCCCUGCUGCAUGGUGGGCGGAGCUGCUGGAAGGCAGCCCACCUCAAAAUAGCAACAGCAGCAACAGCAACAGCAACAGCAACAGCAGCAGCAAAGGGAGCAGCAGCAAAGGCAGCAGCAACAGAGGCAGCAAGGCAUGCGUAAUGAAGGAGAGCUUGCGCCGUGUUGCUCGUCUGUCUCUUCUUUGUCGCUUCUUUCAGCAGCAGCAGCCGCUGCAGUUUUCUCUUGGGGGUCUCUGCUGCGUCUGGGUCGCCAGAGUUAUCGAUCAAGAAGCAGCAAAUACCCAGCAGCAGCAGCAGCAGCAGCAGCUUUACAGAGUCACGCCUGAGACGAAGGUUCGGCUGUCGCUCCAUCCUGAAGCUGACAUAUUCGCGCAGCAGCAGCAGCAGCUGCAGCAGCAGCAGCAGCAGGAAGGGCAGCAGCUGCUACAACAGAAGGAGGGACAACCGAUGGGCCUUCAAAAGCUGGCGGGGAGUGGAGCUGUGCUGCAGCAGGUAUUCUGGCAGCUGCUGCUGCCUCUGCUGCGCCCUGAUGCAUUUGGGGCAUAUGGACUGCAGCAGCCGAACGGUUUGCUGCUGUGGGGCCCCCCAGGGACAGGAAAGACAUAUUUAAUGAAGGCUGUUGCUGAGGAGAUGCUGCUGCUGCAGCAGCGCAUGCAGCAGCAGACUGAUGCUGCUUACGACAGCAGCAAAGCUGCGGCAGCAGCAGCAGCUGCUGCUGCUGCUGCAGCGGGGCUAAACAGCAGCAAUCGAGAGGGAGACACAGCAGCAGCGUAUUCGGAGCUGCUCUUCUCCCUCGUAACUGGCAGCUGGCUGCAGCAGCAGCAACAGCAGCAGCAACAGCAGCAGCAGCAGCAGCAGCAGCAGCAGCAGGAGAGAGUUGUUGUUGUGCUGCCUGAAGUGAGGCUUGUGCACUCAACAGAGUUAAUUGGGUCUGCACCUGGAGAGACAGAGGAGAAUAUUCAUCUCCUCUUUCAAGAGUGCUCUCGCAGGAGUGCUGAACGCGUGCAGCAAGCAGCAGCAGCAGCAGCAGCAGCAGCAGCAGCAGCAGCAGCAGCAGCAGCAGCAGCAGCAGCAGUGCGCGUUGUAGGGGGCCGCACUUUGUUAUUUAUCGAUGAAAUUGAUGCGCUCUGUCCCCAUAGACCCUCAGCAACGGAGGCGGGGCGUCGUCAGGUAGCAGCACUGCUAUCAUGUUUAGACGGCCUUAGCAGCAGUUCUUUUGUUUUUGUUGUUGGUGCAACAAAUCACAGAGAAGCAAUUGAUGAAGCUGUCAGAAGAGCAGGCAGGCUCGAACUAGAAAUUGAGCUGGGUGUCCCCUCUGCGGGCGAGCGGCUGCAGAUGCUGCAGAAGCUGCUGCAGCAGCUGCCGCACGAAUUGAAGGAAGCUGAAAUUCGGGAGAUAGCUGACAGCACCCAGGCGUUUGUAGCUGCUGAUGUGGCGUUAUUGCUGCGGACGGCAGCAACAUUUGCCCUUAAAGAAAGCCUUCUCCAGCAGCAGCAGCAGCAACAACAACAACAGCAGCAGCAGCAGCAACAGCAACAGCAGCAGCAGCAGCAGCAGCAGCACUGUUUGAAUGUAGACCACAUGCGUGCUGCACUUAAAGAGGUUGCGCCUUCGGGUUUAAAGGCUUUUUCUGUUGAAUUACCUGCUGUGAGGUGGGGAGACAUCGGAGGUUAUGAGGAGACAAAGAGACAGUUAAAAGAAUGUGUUGAGUGGCCGCUGCUGCAUGCAUCUCUCUUCAAGAAGCUGCUGCUGCUGCCUCCAAAGGGUUUGCUGCUCUACGGUCCGCCCGGCUGCAGCAAAACUUUACUUGCUAAAGCUGUUGCUACAGAAAGCAAAAUGAAUUUCUUAUCUGUAAAGGGACCGGAGUUGUUUUCAAAGUGGGUUGGGGAGUCAGAGAAGGCCAUCAGGGAUUUAUUCAGACGCGCUCGACAGAAUUCGCCUUGUGUUAUUUUUUUCGAUGAAAUUGACGCCUUGGGUGUAGACAGAGAAAGAGGAGACACUUCGGGUGUGGAGAGUCGCGUAUUAUCUCAGCUGCUGACGGAGAUGGAUGGUGUGGGGCCCCACAGUUCAGUUGUAGUGUUAGCAGCAACAAAUAGGCCGGAUCUGCUUGAUGCUGCGCUGCUGCGUCCCGGGCGUCUAGACCGUCUGGUGUAUGUGCAGCUGCCUGAUAGACAUGCGAGGCAGCAAAUAGCAUUCAAUACACUCAAACGAGUACCCAUACACCCCAGCGCUGCAGCAGAAGCUGCUGCUCCUAAUGCUGCUGCUGAUCGUAGGGAGGCGCAUGCAGACCCUGGGGAGCCUAUGCAGCAGCAGCUGCAGCAGCAGCUGCAGCAGCAGCAGCAAAGUGCUACGAAUAUGCAGAUGAAUCCGAAAAGAGAAGACGGGCUCACAGAGGGCCUUGAAGAGCAGCAGCAACAGCAGCAGCAUCAUCAGCAGCAGCAGCAACAGCAAGAGAAGCAGCAGCAGCAAAACAGCCCUGCAGCAGCUGUAGCUACCUGGCUCAGUGUACGUACAGCUGGGUAUAGUGGGGCUGAGAUAGUUAUGAUUUGCAAAGAAGCAGCUCUAGACGCAAUUAGAGAACAUAUUACUUGCUGCACAGCCCCACAGCAGCAGCAGCAGCAGCAGCAGCAGCAGCAGCAGGGUGAGCCUCCGCUGGCGGUGCAGCUGCGCCACUUUGAAGCUGCGCUGCAGCGCAUGCAGCCCCGCACCCCACAGUCGCUGCUGCAGCUAUAUAAGCAAUACAGCAGCAAGACACAAGGUGCAGCAACUCCUGCUGCUGCUGCUGCUGCGGAAGCAGCAGCAGCAACCACCGCAGCUUAG